AUGGAGAACAGGAUUGUGGAAAUGUGUCAAGGUCUACCGUUGGCCGCAAGUGUGUUAGGAGGCCUCUUACGCAACAAGCAAAAACAUGAAAGGCAGACAAUUCUUGAUGGAAACCCCCUUGUUGCAGGUGAAGAUGAUAACGAAGAAAAUAGCAUACGGAAAAUCCUAAAACUCAGCUAUGAUUAUCUACCAUCUCCAAAUCUGAAAAGAUGUUUUGCUUACUUUGCAAUGUUUCCCAAAGAUUUUGAGUUUGAAAAGGACCAAAUAAUCCAACUCUGGAUGGCAGAAGGCUCUCUCCAUCCAUGUCAAGAGAUCACCGUAAUGGAAGACAUUGGGAAUAAGUUUUUUCAACUCUUGUUGCGAAAUACCUUGCCGCAAGAUGUUAAGUUAGAUAAGCAUAACAAUUUAACACACUUUAAAAUGCACGAUCUUGUGCAUGAUUUGGCUGGGGAUAUCUUAAAAUCUAAACUAUUUGAUCCAAAGGACGAUAGUGGAGAAAAUCUUUCUCAAGUGUCAAAAAUCAAGGAGUUGUCAGCCAAAAUCGAGAAGCUGAUACACUUGAGAUAUCUUGAUCUCUCGAACAUUAAGAUCGCAGCCUUGCCCCACUCCAUUUGCGAGCUCUAUAAUUUGCAAACAUUUAGAGUCAACGAUGCCACUUACCAUGGGAAAAUUGACUUGUCUUCAGACGCUACAAUUUUGAUGUGGGUUGGAGAAAGAGAAGAAGCUCGAACAGUAUAUUUACAAGAGAAAUCGAAUAUUUACAAGCUGGCAUAUGAGUGGUCCCAUGAUGAACCAGAAGGUUGUGAAACCAUUGAUGAGCAUGUGUUGGAUGGUCUUCAACCGCAUCUUAACUUGAGAACCUUACUGGUGGAGGACUAUUUGCGUACUAGAUUUCCUUCAUGGUUCAGUGAAGAGUCACUACCAAAUUUGGUCAAGUUGACAUUAAGUGGUUGCAAUAGGUGCAAAGAAAUUCCGUCGCUUGGCCAACUGAAGUUCCUUCGGCAUCUUAGGAUGAUAAGAUUACUUGAAUUGGAAUUCAUUAGACCUACAUUUUAUUGUGUUGAGGUCAAUGAUAAUGGAUCAUGCAGCAAAAUCCAAGAGUUACCGUCAUUGAAAGAACUAGUAUUGCAGAAUAUGCGUGGCUUUAUUGAGUGGAAGGGAGUAGAAUUGUUACCAACAACAAGUGGGGUAGAAAUAUUUCCUAAGCUUGAGAAUUUGAGCAUUACGAACUAUCAAUUGUUAAAAAGUACUCCGUAUCUAUUUGAAAUCCUAAGUGAAUUAGAGAUUGUCGGAGUUGACAGUGAAAUGCCAUUAUUGAACUUGUGUAGCAACUUGACAUCUCUCGUAAAGCUUAGUGUCUAUGGUGUGAAAAAGCUCACUUGUUUUCCAGAUAGGAUGAUUUCUUUUCAACACCUAUCAGUCAAAAAUUGCGGAGAGUUUCAUGAAUUGCCACAGAGCUUGUACAAUCUCCAUUCUCUAAAGAGAUUAUGGAUUGAACACUGCCCCAAAUUUCAGUUCCUUUCCUGUUCCCAGUGGAGAGAAUCAUUUGACUUCCCUCCAAAGUCUUGA